GGGCUCGGGAAUCGCUCAGCUCGGUAUCGUUCACGGUAUCGACGUAUGGCUGAUUGACUCCGAUCCCAACGCUCUAGCCAGAGCCUCCAAAUCCAUCUCUUCCAAUAUCCAGCGCUUAGUCUCUAAAGGUCUACUCUCUCAGAUACACAAAAGGGACCCACUUUUAGAUGGGAGAGGAAAGAUUAUUAACCCUUGGAAUUAAGAAAAUAGGUGGGCGUAUUGCUCGGCGUAGGAAGGACUAUUGGGCUGCUCGUAGCUAGCAGAAUCUGGAUUUUGAGUUGGGCUGAGUGGAGUUCUUAACUUGACCUUGUUGCUUGAGGAUUUCCAUAGAACAUUUCAUUGUAUUCGAGGAUCAAAAUAAAAUUCUGGGAAUAAAGGUAAGUAGCAUUUACUGCGUACCCGAUCAAAUAGGUUAUUUGUUUCUUUGAAUUUCACUAGAUUUAUAUCAUUUCCAGCUGCACAGAUGACCUACUUCAAAUAUUUAGUGGCUUAGAAACCUGGAUUUUGCUUCUUUAUUUAGCUGGUUCACGAGCCUGAAUGAGUUCCUUAGAGCAAGAGCUGCCACCACAAUCAGUAUGGAGACAACAAAUCCAUGUGUCCAUGCAGUGAACAGAGAGUCAGGACAUUUGUUCAUUACGAGGGUUGACAUUGAAUUCGUGGGGUUCAGCUUGACUGGAUGAAUCUAUUGACUAAAAUAAUUAAUUUUAAAGCAAGGUCCAAUAAUUUGAAUAAAAAUGGCUGCUGGCAGUAGUGCCUUGGGACGUUUACGAUGUACAAAAAGCCUGGAAGAGCUUCAUUCAGCUGAUAUUAUUAUUGAAGCUAUUGCCGAAUAUGAAGAUGCGAAGAGAAAGUUAUUUCUUGAGCUAGAUAAGAUUGCGAAAAGUUCGGCCAUUUUGGCAUCUAAUACGAGCUCCAUCUCCAUUACUCGUCUAGCAUCUGUGACCAGCAGACCCCUCCAGGUGAUUGGCAUGCAUUUCAUGAAUCCUCCUCCUAUUAUGAAACUGGUGGAGGUCAUACGUGGUGCAGACACAUCAGAUGAGACAUUUAAUGCAACAAAAGCCUUGGCUGAGAGGUUUGGCAAGACGGUUGUAUGCUCUCAGGAUUAUUCUGGCUUCAUAGUAAACCGGAUCCUUAUGCCGAUGAUAAAUGAAGCAUUUUUUACUCUCUAUACUGGUGUAGCAACAAAGGAAGACAUUGAUACUGGUAUGAAGCUGGGGACAAACCAUCCAAUGGGUCCCUUAGAGCUUGCUGAUUUCAUCGGAUUGGAUGUCUGCCUGUCGAUAAUGAAAGUUCUUCAUACUGGCCUUGGAGACAGUAAAUAUGCACCCAGUCCUCUUCUUGUACAAUACGUUGAUGCUGGUCGACUUGGAAGAAAACGUGGUAUCGGUGUGUAUGAAUAUCGUAAAGUGCCUGAACCAGUGAAGCCAUCUCCUCGACUUUGAAACAUUUAGCAUGGUGAGAACAAUAAAAUUCUCAAGCUUUAGGGCAUCUGUAAAUAUGAACUAUGGCCUACCUCAGUCAAGUUGAUAAGAGUCGCAAAAUGCUGCAUGCAGAUGAGGAGUGUAUCAGCAUGCACUUCUCGUUCUUGGGCAUUUGAGCUCUCCUAGUUCAAGGGACAUACCUAGUAAAUGACCUCUCAAUCGGUACGGACCCCAUGGUACCUUGUGGUUUUGGACCUAUGUUUAAUUUUAGUGACGAUAAGAAAAGGGUGGUUUACUUCGAGGGUGCCAGUCUUUCCAAUUUCAUACAAGAUGAAUAUUAGAUGAGUUCCUUCAUGAUCUUACUGCAAAACAUAGAGCUCAUUAUAUAGAUAACCCAAAAGCUAAACAUGAAAGUUAUUUGACUAGGCCUUCAUACUUUUGCGAUACAUGAAAAUUACCUAGUCUAGAAAAUCUCAUUCCUUAAAUUAAGCUAAUUAAAAUACUAAAUGGGAUCAUAACACCAACCUCUGCCAAAUUCUCAACCCUUAAUUUUGGUUUCUACCACAUAUUUUCAUUGCGUUCUCUCACAUGAUGAGGCCCACGAUCGAGUCUCACUAAGUCUCAGAUGAUGGCGUGAAAGAAACCAACUUUAAGUGUGCGGUACGGUAGCAGCUGUCACCCUUUGGAUUAUUUAUCGCAUUCAUCGCAUUUUCUGUUGAUUCCUUGAUCAUACUGAUCAGAGACAGAAACAGAAUAUGCAUAGACUGCAAAUGAAGCAAUGCAAGCUUGCCAUUACGUGUACGUCCUGUGGCAGUGGCAAGUAGAUAAAGUCAUGCAUGUGAAUGUGGUGAAGCUGUGCGUAUCGGGUCCUUCGUGUAUACAACAACAGAUUUUGUCAUAUUCUAGGAAAACCGAUCGAAACGGUUGUUGUGACAUAAAUAUUCUUGCUUCGGGUUUGGGAUCCAGUUGUCAACAUAAGGUACGUAUCCAUCAAGAUUUAUAUGUCUCAAAUUGAUUGUCAUGCACAUGAUUCCAACGUAAAUUCUUCAUGAAAAUGGAGUCACAAAAGUCAAAUCUGGUAGCUUGAUAUCACAUGGCCGCCUCUACCUAUCUUUAUCCAAAACUCAUGAAAGGAGGAUAAAUAGUCCAGCCACAAUGCAAGAGUGCGAUUGGAUUGAUCUGGUUACAAAGUUUUUGCAUCCAGAUUGGAUGGUGUUGGACUUUAACACCAUGUAAAAAUUAUAUUUGUAUGUAUGGAGGACAUAUCACAUUGAAAGAUCUGAUUUUUAAAUCAUAUGUAUUAUGUCAAUUAUCUUUUACGCCAGCUUGCAAGCAGAAAGUUUUUCUGAUAAAAUAAAAAAUGCAAAUUCUAUAUCAUUAUUGCUUGCCAGCUAAUCAAUGUUUUGUGUGAGACAAGGCAAUCAAAAGGAAGGAGACCCUCUUUUCCCAUGAUGCACAGUGAAACACGACCCAUGUAGAUCAGGAGCCUAUUAGAAUUAUGAACUUCAUGGUUCAACAUGGGUAGGUAGCCCCCACCAUUUUCCCGGUCGAAAGAAGUUGUAAUGAGAGAGGCAUCUUCUUUAUCACUGAAAGAGACUGAAUUGGAAUCCUAUGGGCCAGUAGCUAUAGUUUGUUUUUUUUUUUUUUUUUUUUAAAUAUGCAUACCAACAUUUAUUAGAUAAGAAAGGAGAUAAAAAAAAGAAGGGAGAGCAGGUUUAUUAAAGCUGACCUCUAUACUCUCAAAAGGGUGUUGAGAACGACUGAGAUUGGGGUAAGGCGACUUGCAACAAUGAAGUUCUUAUUCCAGUGUCCGUGCUGCUCUUGUUUCUGCUUCAUGAAGCCCAAGAAGGGCCAGGCAAAAGUGAAGGAAGCAAAGGAAGAGAAGAAGAAGGAAGCCAAGGAAGAGAAGAAAGAGUGACAAACGUAACCCUCCAUCAAACAAUGUUGAUGAAUUAAAGCCAAUUUGGUUUCUGCACAACUGUUCUUUCAUUCUGCUUCCAGAUGAUUGAUGCUUUUAGUAUGCGCGUACAAGCUCAUGUAAUGCCUCUAUUUAUGGUUGCUAAGCAUAGAAAAUAAAAUGUCACCUGUUUAUUUUCCCUAGAUCCAUGCAAUGCACGCAUGCCGGCAUCUGGAUCUGAAGUCUCUGCCCAUAUAUAUAUAUAUAUAUGUAUGUCUAUAUACCUGCUAUUUGAGCAUGCCCGUUUGCUGCAUGUGUAUGUAAUUUGAUCACUAGCAGAUGUGUUCUGCUCAAGGUUUUCUGGAGCAUUCAUGGUAAUAUCUGACCUGGAUAUUUAAUGUGCUUACAUUUGAAGUA